AUGACGGACCAGGAAGAGAAGGUGGACGGGACCUCGGCUCCCUGCAUCAAGGCUGGCUCUCCAGACCAGGAGGGCUUCUUCAACCUGCUGAGCCACGUGCAGGGCGACCGGAUGGAGGAGCAGCGGUGCUCGCUGCAGGCAGGGCCGGGUCCGACUUCUGAGAGCCAGAGUGGCCCUGCACCCGAGAUGGACAGUCUCAUGGACAUGCUGGCCAGUACCCAGGGCCGCCGUAUGGAUGACCAGCGUGUGACAGUCAGCAGCCUGCCUGGCUUCCAGCCCAUAGGACCCAAGGACGGAGUGCAGAAACGAGCUGGGACGCUCAGCCCCCAACCCCUCCUCACCCCUCAAGACCCGACUGCUCUCAGCUUCCGUCGGAACAGCAGCCCCCAACCCCAGACACAAGCCCCAUGA